GGCGGCGCAGGUUGGCGCAGCAGAUCCGGUUUUUCAUUCACCUGCAGUGACUUGUGUGAGUUCCGUUGGCGUUUUAUAGACUUUUAACGGGUGAACUGCACCUCAGGCGGUGAUGUGAGUCAUAUUUAGUUCACCUCAGCCUCCAUUAGUGUGAAACCUGUCGAGCAGGACACAAAACAGGCACCGAAGAAACCUGCGAGCUUGAAUUUAUUUAGCUAAGUAGCUAUUACCUGCUGGUUGUUGAAGUGUAACUACCUGCUUAAGACCUGGUUAGCGACAGGAUGGCCCAGGGGAUACCAGACGAGGUGCUGAUGAACACCGCUCUGAUUAAAGAUCUGGCAGAUGUGGCGAAAGAUGCAGCGCUUCUGCACGGCGUCUUAAUGAGGGCCCAAAAGACGCCCAACUCAUCAGAGUUGGUCAGCUACGCUCCGUUCACGCUCUUCCCCACGCCGGUGCCCAAAGCCGUGUUCCUCCAGGCUCUGGCUGUUCAGACUCACUACAACACACUGGUGGAUAUGAUCAGCCAGGACGCAGAGUUCCUGCAGGAGGCGUUAGCAAGCACUAUUGAAGUGGAUGGUUUCACUGCGAGGUUGUUCAGGAUCCACCAACAGAUACUGAAAGAAGGGAGGUCUCAGUCUAUUGUUUUGGGUCUCAACCGGUCUGACUUCAUGCUGGAUCAGAAAGACGGUCAGGCAGCGUCUUUAAAGCAGAUCGAGAUCAACACCAUCGCUGCCAGUUUUGGAGGCCUUUCGUCACGUACUCCAGAUCUACACAGACUCGUCCUUAAAGUCGCCGGCAGGCUGGAGGAGAGUCAGAGAAUCCUCGACAACAAUCCUGCAGCUGGUCUGGCCAGAGGAAUCGCCAAAGCCUGGGAGCUCUACGGAUCAGAGAGAGCUGUCGUCAUGUUCUUGGUGGAGGAGAAUCAGAGGAACAUCUUCGACCACCGAUACGUAGAGAAUGAAUUAUGGAAGAGAAACAUUCGCACCAUAAGACGGCGGUUUGAAGACGUCUCUAAAACUGGAAACCUCGACGGUAACAAGAGACUGUUUGUCGAUGGCCAAGAGGUCGCAGUGGUUUACUUCAGGAACGGCUACAUGCCUCAGAACUACAUGUCUGAACAGAGCUGGGACACUCGUCUUCUGAUGGAGCGCUCUCAGGCGGUGAAAUGUCCAGAUAUCGGCACCCACUUGGCCGGAACCAAGAAGGUCCAACAGGUUCUCGCCAGACCUGGAGUUCUGGAGAGGUUCUUCCCAGACCAGCCUCAAGUGGUGGAGCAGAUCAGAGCGACGUUUGCAGGCCUCUACACUCUGGACAUGGGCCCAGAGGGAGACACGACAGUAAAAAUGGCUUUGUCAGAACCAGACAAGUUCGUCCUGAAGCCCCAGCGAGAAGGAGGAGGAAACAACAUCUACGGAUCAGAGAUCUGCCAGGUUCUGGAGGGAAUGAAGGACAGUACGGAGCGGAUGGCCUUCAUUCUGAUGGAUAAGAUUCACCCCCGACCGGUCCAGAACUACCUGCUGAGACAAGAUGCUCCCCUCAAAGUCAGCAACUGUCUCAGUGAACUGGGAGUGUUUGGAGCUUAUGUUAGACGGGGUAAAGACAUGGUGAUGAACGAGUGCGUCGGUCAUCUGCUGAGGACCAAGAGCUCGGAACACUCAGACGGAGGCGUUGCAGCCGGAGUCGCUGUGCUGGACAACCCUCUGCUGAUCUGAGAGUUCACACAGCGGACGACGAGCCGCACUUACACCGAGCCAUGACUGCAGCGGCAGCAUGGAAAAAGACACUGAGCUGAUUGUUUGACAGAAAUACGAGCUGUGGGAGGUUCACUUUGUUGCUCACAACCUCAGAAAUGAAGUUGUCAUUCUCAAGUGUAGCUUUGUUUUUGUCGAUAUCACCAUUAUCAGAUGCUCCAGAGGGAUUUUUGAGGAACUUCUUUAUCAGUUUCUGACAUUAAAAUGAUUCCACUCUGUUCUCCAAUGCACAGGAAGUGAUUAAAACACAUUUUAACAUGCUUUGUUCUAGGGCUGGACCCGAAUGUCCAGAAUAUCUGAAUAUUCGUUCGCUACGUCGGUAUCCAGAUAUUAAUUAUUAUUAAUAUUAAUCCGAAUAUUGCCGCCGCCCCCCCUCCAUCGGCUCAUAUCGUUGUGUGACCACAUAAACAUAUACACAUAGAAACCAUUAUUCGGGCCAGCCUUACUUUGUUCUAACUUACAGUAACUGCUGAAGCCUUAAUUUACCAUAAAUGAGGUUAGAACUGGUUCCUAAUUAUGUGCAAAGUGUUGAUUUUUUUUUGUGCAUUUUAAAUAGAUUAUCUGAUGAUAUUUUAAUAAAAAGCCUCGUUAUGACGUUAUCGUUUCAUCAACAGCAGUCUACCACAGCAAACUGGGACUAGAUCGCCAUCUUGUGGCAUUCUUUUGUUACUGCAACAUGUGAAAUAUUUGUUUUCAGAAGCUUUUAAACAUAUUUCAGUCAAAUUCAACACAGCUGAAGUAUUUAGAUAAAACCUGAGAAUGAUUUGUUAGAGAUGCUGUAAUUAUCUAAAGUUGUUGAUAAUGUAUUAUUAAAUAACUGCAUUUAAUCCUGUUAUAUUUGUUCAAAUAGACGGCUUUAUUUUGAUUGUGGGAGUAUUAGUACACAGCUGGUACUGCAUUCGUGAAGGUUUCUUGUAUGUAAAGCAAUUAACAAAAAAAAAUUUACUGUUCAAGAGAAAAUGAAAAAAGUGCCUUUAAACUGCA